AUGGACGAGUCGGACCCAAUCGUUUCACACCGUGCCGCCGAUCGCGGCGACGACAGCGGCAGCGGCGGCGGCGGCGGCGGCGACGGCGUUUAUCAUGCUUCUCCCGCGGGCCGCCAACGGCCACGUGGCUGCAGCGCCGAGAGUCUCUUACUUCUCUUCUGCGCCAUCAACAUGGUGAACUAUAUUGACCGGGGGGCCAUUGCCAGCAACGGAAUCAACGGAUCGCCUUCGCACUGCCAGGGGGACAUGUGCGAUGCUGGCAGCGGCAUUCAGGGCGAUUUCGCCCUCUCCAACUUCCAGGACGGUCUACUAGCAACGGCCUUCCUAGUGGGUCUCCUCACCGCCUCGCCUCUGUUCGCCCAUGCCUCCAAGCGCCACAACCCUUUCCGUCUCAUCGCUCUCGGCCUGCUCGUCUGGACGCUCGCAGUGGCCGGCUGUGGCCUCUCCCCCGGCCUACUAUCUCUCCUCCUCUGCCGCAUUGGCGGGCUGCGGGCUGUCCCUUGGCCUGCUCUCCCUGCUUCUUUGCCGCAUGUGAGCAUGCCUUCCUCUCCUCUCGUUCCCUUCCUCUCCUCUCGUUCCCUUCCUCUCCUCUCGUUCCCUUCCUCUCCUCUCGUUCCCUUCCUCUCCUCUCGUUCCCUUCCUCUCCUCUCGUUCCCUUCCUCUCCUCUCGUUCCCUUCCUCUCCUCUCGUUCCCUUCCUCUCCUCUCGUUCCCUUCCUCUCCUCUCGUUCCCUUCCUCUCCUCUCGUUCCCUUCCUCUCCUCUCGUUCCCUUCCUCUCCUCUCGUUCCCUUCCUCUCCUCUCGUUCCCUUCCUCUCCUCUCGUUCCCUUCCUCUCCUCUCGUUCCCUUCCUCUCCUCUCGUUCCCUUCCUCUCCUCUCGUUCCCUUCCUCUCCUCUCGUUCCCUUCCUCUCCUCUCGUUCCCUUCCUUUCCUCUCGUUCCCUUCCUCUCUCUUGCACUCGCUUCCUAUCAGUCUAGCAGCGCCCUUCAUAGACGACAACGCUCCACCGGGAAAGACAGCCCAGUGGCUCGCCACAUUCUACCUCUGCAUUCCCGUCGGCUUUGCCCUCGGCUACCUCUACGGGGGGGUGGCUGGGCCACUGCUCGGGUGGAGGGGAGCGUUCUUAUUGGAAGCUGCUUUUAUGCUGCCCUUCUUGGUCUACACUGCUACGGCUGCCCCUCCGCCUCUGAAAGGUAAUCUCCUGCUCCAUUUCUGCUCCUUCUGCUGCCUCUCUGGGGGGGUUGCCGGCCCGCUGCUGGGGUGGAGAGGGGCGUUCUUGCCGGAAGCUUUGUUCAUGCUGCCGUUUGUGCUCUACACCGCUACGGCUGCCCCUCCGCCCCUCAAAGGCAGGACGCACGCCCAUGGAACUGCUGCAGCUGAUAAUGAUGAGGAGAAGGCGGAAGGGCCACCAUCACCGGCAGCAUCGUCACAUGUUGAGGCGACUCCACAUAUGAAGCAUGCCGAUGGGUCUCUGCUGGACGAUUCGCUCUCUCUCGCUCGCAACGAGAUGGGUCCUCGGUACGAUGGGUCUUGUGCGGUGCAGUGGUAUGGAGUGUGUUAUGGAAGGUGUGCUUGGUCGAAGCACGACGAUGGGUCUCUGUUGGACAACCCGCUUUCGCUCGCAACGAGAUUUUCACCAUCAAUGUUCUCGCAUGCCGAUGGAUCUCUGUUGGACGAUUCGCUUUCUCUCGCUCGCAACGAGAUCUUCACCAUCAAUGUUCUCGGUUAUGCUGCCUACACUUUCGUAAUUGACGAAUACGCCUACUGGGCACCCAAGGCCAUGAGGGAGAUCUUUCAUGAGGAGAGGGAGGAUGCGAUGUUUGGAGGCAUCACUGUGGUGACAGGCUAUGCGGCUUACACCUUUGUCAUUGGCGCGUAUGCCUACUGGGCGCCCAAGGCAAUGAGGGAGAUCUUCCACGAGGAGAGGGCGGAUGCACUGUUUGGAGGCAUCACGGUGGUGACAGGCGUGGGUGGCACGCUGUUUGGUGGUCUCAUGCUCGACCGCAUGGGCGCCACCAUCCCCAAUGCGCUCCUGCUGCAAUCACGCGUGACAGUGGUGGGAGCCCUCUUCUGUCUCCUCGCCUUCGCCUCGCCACACAUCCUUAUCUUCGUCCUCUUCAUGGCUAUCGGGGAGUUCUUCAUCUUCGCCAUCCAGGUACACACAGACCGUAACUAG